UUAGAGUCUCCGCCAUCACAGUCUUCUGCGUUUCGCUACAGUCUUUCGGAUUUGGAAACGCAGACGUUCUUAUUCUUCUUUAGUAGCGUAUAAACCAUUAUCAUUCAAUCAAUCAAUCAAAUUACAAUCGGUAUAUCUCUCUUUUGGUAUUUAGAGGGUUUUGUUAACAGUCGUCGCUGUAAGUCGAGUGGAUGGGUGUGGUUCGGAAACAAUCAACCAGUAUAAUAGCCAUCGAAAUCUAAUUUUGCCGGAAUCUUCAACAUUAUGAAGACCUUAUUACAUUUUUUUCUACUAAUGUGCGGAGUGUUUUAUGCUAAAACAGAUGAAGUGAAGUCAGUGAUGGAGGGAGAGUCUGUCACUCUAAACCCUGAUCUUUCUAAAAUACAGGGAUUUAUUGAGAUACUGUGGCGGUUUGGAGAUAAAGGUUCCACCAUUGCUCAAAUUGAUGGAAAUAAAACCUCAUAUGAAGAUUAUGAGGUAUUUAGAGGCAGACUGCAGCUGAACCAGACUGGAUCUCUCACCAUCACAAACGUCAGAACCAAUCACUCUGGAUUUUAUAAAGCAGAAAUCAGCCACAACACUGGAACCUCAGAUCAGAAAUUCAGUGUUACUGUCUAUGAGCCUCCAUCUGUUAUUGCUGGGGCUGAAGCUGAAAUGAAGAGCGUGUCAGUGAAGGAGGGGGAUCCUGUCACUCUUCAUGUUCCUCAACUACAAGGAAAUGAGCUGAUAUUGUGGAGGUUUGGAGAUGAAGAAAAACUCAUUGCUAAACAUGAUAUAGAGGCCAAGAGCUCACCAUUAUAUUAUGAUGAGAGAUUCAGAGACGGAUUGAAACUGGACCAUCAGACUGGAUCUCUGAUCAUCACAAAAACCAGAACCACAGACUCUGGAAUUUAUAAAGUGAAGAUCAGCAGCAACAAACAGACUUUAUACAGGAGAUUCACUGUAACUGUCACUGUUCCAGAUUCAGGUGUGUCUCCAGGUGCUGUAGCAGGGAUUGUUGUUGUUGUUCUGCUGGUGGCUGCAGCUGUAGCUGCUGCUGGUGUGAUGUACUACCGUCGUCCCAGGACCUCUAAUCUACCAAUCCAAACAUUGUCAGUAACUGAAGGAGAAUCUGUCACUUUAAACCCUGAUACUGAAUUAGAGACGGAUGAUGAUAUACAUUGGCUGUUUGGAGAUAAAGACACUCUCAUAGCUCAGAAGUUCAGAAGAAAGACCAGAGAGCAUUUAAAUGCGACUGAUGAGAGAUUCAGAGACCGGCUGGUGCUGGACCAGGAGACAGGCUCACUGACCAUCAGUUGCAUCACAGCUGAACAGAAUGGACUCUACACUCUGAAGAUCAGAAGAGGCAGAGAAACCUUAUACAAAAGAUUCAUUGUUUCUGUCAAUGUUAAACCUGAGCCAGUUGAAGUUGAGGAGGGAGGUUUUGCUUUCCUUCCCUCUGGUGUUACUGAAAUACAAGAAGGUGAUCAGAUGCUGUGGACGUUACAAGAUGAAGAGUCUCCUAUUGCUACAAUGAGUAAAAAUAACAAGAAGACCUAUUUCUAUGAUAAUAAGAAAUUCAGAGGCAGAUUGCAGCUGAAUCAUCAGACUGGAUCUCUGAUCAUCAGAAACCUCAGAAAAACAGACUCUGGACUUUAUCAACUACAGAUCAAAAGCAAAGGAGGGACUGCUUCAUACAGAAAAUAUAAAGUUGCUGUCUGUGGUGAAGUGACAACGAUGCCAGUGAAGGAGAGCGAUGAAGUCACUCUAAAGAUUGAUUUUCAACUGGAGAGAGGGGCUGAUAUGGAGUGGUGGUUUAGGAAUGAAAUGUGCAUAGCUUCUUUAAUAAAAGAGGAGGAGCAGAUGAAAUGUAGAUCUGUUGCUGGUGGGAGAUUUAAAGACAGACUGGAACUAGAUCAAACUGGAUCUCUGACCAUCAAGAACAUCAGACCUGAACACACUGGACUUUAUGAAGUGAAAACAAAUUGCGGCUCCAGGAAAUUCAGUGUUAUUUCUGAGGAUAUGGAGGAGUACAUGGAUCAAAUCCAGAUACGUCAUGGCAGUGUGUUCGUAGAACCGGAUGAAAUGAAGAAAGUGUCAGUGAAGGAGGGAGAAACUCUCCAAUUAAGCAUUGAUACUGAAAUGCAUUCAGAGGAUGAGAUGCUCUUAAUGUUUGGAUCAAAAAUACACCCAUAUGAAAUUAUAGCUAGAUUCAGUGAACAGGACAAGGAUGAAUUUAUAACUGCGUCUAAGAGAUUGACAGACAGACUGAAUUUGGAUUGCAGUGAUAUUCUCACCAUCGCUAUCACAAGCAUCAAUGUCACAGACUGUGGAGAUUAUUUUGUACAGAUCACCAACAAGCUAAAUAAUAGCGUCAAGUCAUUCACGUUCACUGUUGUUCCCGAUGGUGUGUUUAGUAGUAAAGAGAAGUCCGUGUCAGUGAUGGAGGGAGAACCUGUCACUCUAAACCCUGAUCUUACUCAAAUAAAGAAAGCUGAUCUGAUAGUGUGGACAUUUGGACAUGAAGGAAGGCUGAUAGCUAAAAGUGAUGUAAAGUAUGAGAUGGAGAAAUUUAGAGACAGACUGGAGCUGAAUGAUCAAACUGGAUCUCUGACCAUCACAAAUACCAGCACCGCAGACUCUGGACUUUAUGAACUAAAGACGAUCAGAAACACACAGGUCCAGUACUGGAGAUUCAUUGUGACUGUCAUUGAUGGAGAAGUGAUGAAGCCAGUGGCGGAGGGAGAAUCUGUCACGCUAAACACUGAUGAAUCUGAAAUACAGCCAGAUGAUCUGAUACUCUGGAAAUUUAAAGACAUGAUUAUAGCUAAAAACAAAGAACUCUGCUCUGAACUUGAUGGAUUCACAAGACUGAAGCUGGAUCAUAAGACUGGAUCUCUGACCAUCAAGAACAUCACAAUCACAAACUGUGGAUAUUAUACACUACAGAUCAUCAACAGAGAAAGAACUAAAAAUAAGAGAUUCAAAGUUACAAUCAAGGCUUUUCUUAAAGAUGCCUUGUUGAACAGUGUGGAUGAUGUGGAAAUAAACAUGUAUGAUGAAAGCGAGGAUGAUCAGAAUGAACAUCUCCGUCACAUCAGGAUCUGAGCUCCAGCUACAACAACAACAAAAAAAACAUGUUUCUGCUUUUAUGUGCCUCUAGAAUAAGUCCAGACAGUGAAAGUGAGAAAUGAAUUUGAGCUAUUAAACUCUCAAGUAAAAGCUUCUUUGGUUUUAGAUAAACAAGGAAACAAGUUGAUAAAGACAUUUCAUAAUUCAUUUAAUAAUGUUACACUUCAUACCUCUUACUCUAUUAACAUAAUACCAGUUUGACUCUUACAGCUUUGUAACAGCAAGUUUGGUUGUAGUCAGUGUCAGAAAGUGUCAUAUAAGCAUUUUAUGUGAUGUUUUACCACAGCAGUAUUUCUCUAUCCAUAGUGUGUGCUGUUUUAUAUAAUUAACACCACUAUCAGUUAAAUGUUCAUAUUCAGCAUUGAUUAGAAUGUGUUUUAAAGCCAACAUCACAUGACCACCUCGUCAUGUGUAGAAAUUCAUCAGACUGUAUAUAAUAGACACACAGUUCAGAAACAUCUUUGCCCGUCCAGAACUACAAUCAGUGUUGCUCAACUAGACUGAAUUUGACAUGUUUAUUGUAGAAAUUAAUGCAAAGUAAUGCAUACUUUGCAUUUAAUGUCUAAUCUGAAUAUGAUUGUUUUUGUCUUCUAAUCUGAUCUGUAAUUGUAACUGUGACCUGAAUUUAUAGUAUUUAUACUGACGUUAGCCUUAGUGCACUUAUAGUAAAAAAAGAUAAAGGCUUUUGCUCAACUCUAGUACUUAGUGAUAUGAUACCACAUUGUGCCGUGCCUUUGCUACUGUUUUAUUGCCAUAUGUAUGUAAUUUUGACAAAAGCAUCUGCUUCAUACGAUAUUAUGCCACUAAUCUUAAUGUUUAAUCAUUCAGUGGACACACACUGAUAACAGCUUUUGCUUCCUAACAACUGUUUGAACACAAAACGCAUGAAAAUGUAAAUACACAUUUGAAUGUGGAUGUUACAGUAUUAAA